UCGGUGGGGGCAACUAGGAAGUGGAGUAUCGUGGAUGUUGGCGGGGGCAACUAGGAAGUGGAGUAUCGUGGAUAUUGGCGGGGGCAACUAGGAAGUGGAGUAUCGUGGAUGUUGGCGGGGGCACAGCGGUCUUGUUGUCCUUACUUUAUCUUUUGUUACCGCAGAGACUCGGGCUUGGGUCAAAUGUGGAGAUGGGGGGGGGGGGGGUAUCAAGUGUUGGCUCACAGCCUUGGCACACAAAAGAGAAGUUCUGAUGCUAAUUAUGGGCCUGCAAAGGAAAGCACAGUCGCCUAGUAUCGAUUGUGAGUCAUAGACACGAUACACAGGACAUAUCUUUUUACAAUAAUAAUAAUAAUAAUAAUAAUAAUCAUACAUAUUCUUUCUAAUGUCUUUUUAUCCAAAGAUCUCCAAGGGCUAGGGGCUACAAAGGGGAACCAUAACAGGGCUAAAAACCACAAGGUUUACAGAACAUCUAAGAGGGGACAGAAAAAGUUUUGCCAAAAAAAUGUCUUUUGAAAACAGUCAGUGGUGCCCCAAAUAAUACUCCCGUCCUGAGGUAUCUCCAAUGGUCCUGAGGUAUCUCCAAUGGUCCUGAGGUAUCUCCAAUGGUCCAAAGGUAUCCCCCCCGGGCCUGAGGUAUCCCCCCCCCCCCCCCCCCGGUCCUGAGGUAUCCCCAUGGUCCAAAGGUAUCCCUGUCUAGGUCUAGUCUGUGCUUCCCUGCUUAGACUGCCUCCCCCGUGACCCCCCUGGGAUAAGCAGUGGAAGAUGGAUGGAUGGAUGGAUGGAUGGAAUUUUUCUACUGUGCCGUUUGCUAAAGCUGACCAAGCACCAAGUGUGACUGGAGUCCAUCCGUACUGAAAGAUAAAGAAAAAGCAAAGUUAGAAUGGACAGGAUGAGUUGUUGUAUAUUCCACCUGAAGCCCACACGCCGCUUGCAUAUGUCGUAACAUUCUGUGAACGCUAAUCUGUCCGUUCUUCUGAUUGCCCGUGCAAGUGAGACAACAGCAACAAUAAAAGUACGAUGAUGCCUGAAACCGACUUGGUGUCUUUGAUGCACGGCGUACACCAUGUGCAGUACGAGUACAAAUAUACGCUGGUCUUUCAUGUCCUGCUCAGGAGGACAAAGUACAAAAACACAAACAACACAACAACACAACAACACGGACUCCCUGCUGACAUGAUCCUGGAUAUGAAUUAUGGAUCCAAAGCGUCCACUUUGGGGGCCUUAGGUUCUCAUCUCUGCUACCUGCUGCUGAUGGGGUCCUGCUAAAUGAGAUUGGGUAAUAGGAAUGUGACAUUGACUCCAGGGGGCAUUUCCUGCCUGGACUGCUCCAAUCAAGUUCAAAAGUGUAGCCUAGGAGCACCCGAGGCCGAUGCCCCCCCCAUGCUGUGUCAUGUGGCGGCUAAGGGCGUGUCGUGUGGUAUCUACGCAGCAAACGAAAGCUCUCAGCUUUCCUUCUGCCCUCCAUUGUCUCCGAGCACACCUGAGCCGCUUGACAAUGGACUACCUUGUGUUCCUGCUGGGGUGUCUGGCCCCCGCGGUCAGCUGCUACCCGUCUGGCCAAGUGGCAGCCAGCUGUGAGAGCCUAGAGCCCCGGCACUCUGGAUUGCCCCCGCAAGGUCACCCCGCACCCUUCAGGAUCACCGCGCUCCGGAGAAAGCACAACUUGGGAGAGGAGGUCACAGUUGACCUCCAGGCUCCAGGUUCCAAAGCCUUCGUGGGCUUCCUGUUGCAAGCGCGGGUGUCGGGGGGGUCGGAUCCUGUGGGUUCCUUCCGGCUGACGACAAACGAUGCUCAGCUCCUCAACUGCAGCCGCAAACCUAACUCUGCUGUAUCCCAUACUUCGGCAUCUCCAAAGACUUCCAUCCAAGUGAUAUGGACAUCAGGAUCUUCUGGAACUGCCAAACCAGUUGAGUUCCAUGCUGCUUUUGUCCAGAAUUACUGGACCUUCUGGGUUGAUGUCGUCAGUCCAACCCUGACUUUGGCCGAAUGGUCUACGUUUUCCAGCACGGCGGCAGAAAGGAGGCCAACAGUCAAAUGUCGGUCUCCUCCAGCGACUCUUCUGCAGAGUAUUUCCAGUGACGACUGCGGCGUCACCAAGGUGUGUUUCCGUCACCCUUCGCACUGUGACCCUCGGGUCGGCGCCGGCUGCUACUUCCUGUCCGCCGCCAUGUUGUCUGGCAGCGACACGGCCGUCCGAUAUGAGAUGACAGGAACCUCCGAUGGAUACAUCGCCUUUGGCUUCUCGGAUGACCUGACGAUGGGAAAUGAUGACAUUUACGUGUGCGGCAAAGCCAGCGAUGGUCUGCUGCGAUUGCAACACGCCUUCUCGACGGGACGGGAACGCCCACUAAUUCUUCCUCUGGGAAACAUUUCCGAUGUGAGAACGUCCAUGCGGGACGGAGUGAUCAGCUGCUCCUUCAUCUCCUUCAACCCCGUGUCCACGCAGAGGAACACGGCCUUCAACACAUCCUACCAUCUCAUGUUCGCCUACGGACCCAGCAGCAACGGACAAAUGGGCUUCCACACCAGCACCUUGACCAGCGCCAACAAGGUCCACAUCGCCGUACCUCAGAUGGUCGCCAUCGCUGGAUGGCCUCACAUCAUCAAAGCUCACGGAGCACUGAUGGUGAUGGCCUGGAUGAGCUCGGGAUGGCUGGGAAUGCUGGUGGCCAGGUACCUGAGGGGCGUGGCCAAGGGACAUCACGUGCUGGGCAAACAAGUCUGGUUUCUGGUACACGUUGCAGUGAUGGCUGCCACAGUGGUAUCUACGGCGACUGCCUUCAUUCUUCCCUUCAUCCACGCCAGGACCUGGUCUGGGGGCGUCCAUCCUGUGCUGGGCUGCCUGCUGAUGGCUUUUUGUUUGAUGCAGCUCACGCUGGCUUUGCUGCGCUGUGGACCACAUCAUGCUCUGAGGUUGGUGUUCAACUGCUGCCACGCUUUGCUUGCAGCGGUGAUGAAAGUCCUGGCAGUUGCCGCCAUAUUCACUGGCCUCAAGCUGAUUGACAGCACCGAGAGCCAAUGGCUGCUCAAGGUGAUGGGCGGUCUCCUCGGCUGGGAGCUUCUGUGUUACCUCGUCCUGGACGUCAACCUGAAAUGCAAACUUCCCAGAUCAGGCAGGGCAUUCCUCACAGGAUUCCUUCCUGCUUUCCUGCUCCCGAUAAUAAAGGAAUCAGAUGCCCACAUCCGUAGUAACGUCUGCAUUGAUUCCGUUUAAGAAGCAGAGGAGGAAGUAUGGAAGCUUGCACGAGUUCCUUCCUGGGACGUCUGAUAGCUGGAGUUCUCCUUCUUGGGUUCCUGUGCUGUGACGUGUUUGUCUUUGGAUUUCAGAUGCUGCAAAGGUGAGACUCCACCGUGAUAAGAUCCUACAUCCAUGAAAGGUCACCUUGACUGGCGUAUGUCACCACAGAUGAAAGCUGAUGUUCUGCUGGUGGUCCUGGCCUUCACAGGAGGCCUCGUCUUUGUGCUCGCACUCUUGUGUGGAAUCGGGAUGUCAUGAACGCCUUCAGACACCAAAACUGGCCGAGCGUUGACUGAUAAGUUGCUUUGGAAUAAAAGUCUCUCACUUGUCUGGUUUCCUGUUUGUUCACCAGCAACGUGGCUUCCAGAAGUAUCAUCUCACGCCAGCCCCAACAUCAAAAGAUCAAGCUGGACAGAACAUCUCCGCUUUUCUCUGCAGCUAUCUGCACGCAACCUGGUCACAACCUGGUCACAACCUGGUCACAACCUGGUCACCACCUGGUCACCACCUGGUGGUCAC